AAGAGACGUAGCGGAAACUAUCUCAGCUCACGGCGUGAGUUCGUCCUAGAUGGCGGCUUGAAGGGCCUCCUUGAUGCCGACGAUCCAUGAUCUUUGUGACUAUUUGGCAACGUUCGGCCCUAAGCUUGUGAGCAUUCGCAGGCAACGAGAAAUUCGCCACAGCAAAUCUGAACGUUUGGCCUCAAGAAACCCAAAGCGGUGAUAGCAUGUGAUGGAGUUGCCGCACCUGUGUCGGAGUAGAUUGAGCUGCAGUUUGGCUGUCAAGACACAUUCCAAGCUUUGCAGACCAGAUGCGCGUCAACCAUGUCCAUCUGUGCGCAGCUUGCCUCAAUGGAUGGUGGCGCAACUUCGGACUAUGGGAGAUGUGCAGGAAUCCUCCAAGUUGGGCACGGAUGGCAAGAUUGAAUGGCUGUCCUCAGUCACCAGUGAGGGCUUGACUCGGAUUGGCAUUGUGCACCCGCUCCACCAGCGGCGCAUACUUCGAGAGAUCCAGUGCUACAUGCUGAUGCCCGUCUCUGCGGCGGAGGACGCCCUUCCUGAGCCACCGGUUGCUCCACCUGAGAAGGUGGUCCGGCCACGCAGACCUCUGGUCUACGAGAGGGACACGCGAUGGCCCUUCCUGGACAUCGCGUGUUUAAAAUUGAUGGACGUGCCGAGGCCGACGAUCUCCGCAUAUGGACAUUCUGAAAGACGCACUCGCUUGGCUGAAGAAGUGCGGAUCGACGAUGAUCUUUUGAAGCCCUCCAAGGACUCCUCGCGGGUGUCGCUUGCCAAGACUCUAGAGAAGUCUCAGGAAGUCUUUUGGCGGGAAUCGACUGAAGAGGAGGAGGAGUCUGAAGAGAUUGACUGGGAGGAGUGGCUGGAUAGUCGGCUUCACUCCUGGGGCAUGUUGUCUUUGGUUGAUGAGGCUUUGAAAGCUGCCACUCUCGGGGAUUUGCACCUGGUGCACGACCUGGUGGACAGAGUGCGCUCCCAUGGCCCAGCCUUGAUCGAAUCGCUGGAGAAGACUCCGCUACCCGAGCACUUAGAGAUGGUGUUCCCGGAUAUGCCAGAAGAUGAAUGCCCACCAAACACAAUUUGGUCGUGGAUUAUGUGGCGCUUGGAGUGGCUGAAGCGGGCCGACCGCCGAGUGGAGCGACUGGUGGAAAAGGCCACCGGCUUGGUAGACAAUGUCAUGGGAUAUUCGGUUUCCCGUGACGUUUCUGUGCGUCCAAGCCACGAAAAGAGGAAGGCCACGAUCAACAUGAAGAAACUGCUCCUAGGAGCCAGCGCAGCCUCCUCCUCCUCCGAAGGACCCUCCAGGAGUGCCAGUUCCGCAGUGUUCUUUGAGACGGCCCAUGCAGCUCUCAAGCAAAAGCAGGAAAAGCCGAAGGGCGUGGAGGCGUUCCGAAGGGCGGCUCAGCAGAUUCUGUCGCAUAUCAAAGCGAAGCGGCAAGAUGGCUUGGUGGCCAGUACCAAACUGUUGACCUGCGUAGCCAUGCAGUCGAAGGUGGUGAAUUUACGGCAGGACCUGCAGAACAUCAUGGACGAGGUGGACAAAUGGCCACAGCUCAUCAGCGACAAUCGCGAGUCCUGCGAUGACAUCAUGGAGCGCUUGCACCAAGCGUCGUUGUCAUUGUUCCAUCACUUCACCGACUUACGGCAGCACAUCGAGGUGGAGCUUCGCGAAGCGACCAUCGGGGACCAGGGCGUCGUGGAGUGCUGCAGGCUGGAGAACAAGAUUGUGGACGUCCAAAGAGAACUGGCCAGUUCAUUGCUCCUAGGCGAGCAUGCACUAGAAUUGGCGGAAAAGGCAGGAGUCGGCCUGCGUGCCAAUGGCAUCCCUGAACCACCCAAUCCAUGGGAGGGCCUGACACUGUCGGAGCCUCCUUGGGAAGCAAGCUUCUUGCGAGCCCUGCGAAAGCUGGAGCCCUUACGGCGGAAUUUGCACCUUCGACGGCAAGGCACUGCCGUAACGGUUUCCUCCACCCCGAUGAGGAGGAUGACGAGAAAGAAGACAAAAACCCUGAUGAGACCUGGCCAGUCUAUUCCAGAAGAGGUUCUGGCACAGCUCUUGAAUCGUCAAUAGAUGUGAAGUCAGUUGAAUAGGUCAUGCUAAUUAUUUGACCGCGAAGCUUGCACAAUCUUGUACAUAGAGCUCAGCCAGAAAUUGGCCUGAGAUCAAAUCAAGCGGUUGGUGUCAAAACCCUCCUGCAAUUCGCAGC